AUGGAUGGGUAUACUGGCAGUAUCGAUAAGCUCAAGUGUAACAACGAUUUAAGGAUGCCGAACUGGAGCCAUGGCCAUUAUGUUUUGCAAGCUAUGGAACCUCAAGUAAAACAAGUUUUUCAAAGUCUACCAAAAUCUGCCUUCAGUGGUAGAUGUUACAGAGGUGGAUUUCAACCCAAAAUGACAAAACAGGAAGCAACAUUAACACUGAGUGUAAGCCCUACUACCAAUAAAGAAAAAAUAAGAGCUGCUCAUCGAAGAAUCAUGCUCUUAAAUCACUCAAACAAGGGAGGAUCUCCUUAUAUAGCAGCCAAAAUCAAUGAAGCUAAAGAUUUACUAGAAGGUCAAGUUAAAAAGUGA